AUGGACUAUUUGUCUUUUCUCCCACGGGAGCCCAUCCCAUAUGCGGCGGUACUCCUGGUAUCCUGCUUCGUAUACUUUAUUGUAUAUCCAAUUGUCCUUUACUACAGAGAUGUCAAAGGCUUUCGACGAUUUCCAAAUUUCAGCCCCUUGGCUGGAAUAACGAACAUUCCGUUCAUGGUAUUAGCCCAUAGCGGUGCCCGAUCAGCAUAUCUCUCCAAGUUACACAAGAAGGAACCAAUUCUACGGACUGGCCCAAACACACUGUCCUUUGGAAGCGUACAAGCCAUCAAAGAUAUUUACGGCCACGGCACCCACUGCACAAAGGACGAGUCCUACGUUCUCACAGCCAGCAGCCACUACCAUCUUGCCGAUGUGGUAAACAAGAGCGAGCACGCACGCAAGCGCAAGGUGCUGUCCUCAGCUUACGCUUUGAAGAACCUCGAGUCUUGGGAGUACAAGGUCGCCGACAAGGUUGAGCGUAUGAUCAAGCAGUUUGACAAGCGUUGCACCGCUCCCCUUCCCGCCGGCAGACACCCAGACCCCGAGGAUCUAAACGUCGACUUUCGCAUGUGGACCAACUUCUUCUCGCUUGAUGCCAUUGCAGACAUCGGUGUUUCGGAACGCUUGAACCUCAUUGACAUGGGCGACGACGAGGUGGAAGCCCAGAACAAGGAUGGAACGCUUUUCAAGGCUAGAAUUCGCGAUAGUCUGUAUCCCAUCGCCCGCAAGCAAUCAUUGCUUUUGUGGAGCUAUGACUACUACAAGGUCAUUGACAAGAUCUCCAACAUCAUUCCUUACUACCGCAACAUGUCAAAGGCUAACCACGGCUGGGACGGUAUCGUUCUGCGUCGUGGACAAAAGAGAUUGGACCGCUACCGCGCUGGCGAGAAAUUGGAUGACUUUUUCCAAGCCAUGAUGGAAGACAAGAAUGGCUGCCCAAACAGUUUGGAAUGGGGCGAGAUUGUUGCCGAGAUCAACAUCAUGAUGAACGCUGGCAGUGUCACAACGGCCAUUGCUCUCACAAAUGUCUUGUACCAGCUCCUGCGCAACCCCAAGAUCAUGGCCAAGCUCCAAGAGGAGCUUGAUUCCGUACUCGAUCCAGAUGAGGUUGUCGCGCCAUAUGACAAGGUCAAGCACUUGCCGUACCUCAAGGCAUGCCUAGAUGAGUCCCUUCGUUUGUUCCCUCCCACACCGCAAGGCCUGCCCAGAAAGACCCCACCGGAGGGAUGGUCAAUCAUGGGUCACUUCAUCCCCGGCAAUACCACGGUCAGCAUCUCCGCCUUUGUGGCGCACCGCGACGAGUCUGUCUACCGUGAUGCCGAGUCUUACAUUCCCGAGCGGUGGCUGGGAGAAGAGGGCAAGAAUCUUCAGCCGUCUUUCAUCACCUUCUCGGCCGGCGCUAGAGGAUGCAUCGGCCGCAACAUUUCAUACCUGGAGCAGGCUGUGCUCAUCGCCUCGGUGGUACACCGUUACAACUUUGCCCUGGGCAGAGGAUUUGAGCUGAAGCGGGAAGAGACCAUGAACCAUAUCUUGGGCGAUAUGCCUGUCAAGGUGUGGCGAAGAGAACCCGCCACAGCAUGA